UGUACUUGGACUAUGGCUAUAUUGAGAAGAUUCCUCAAUGUCAUCUCUAUCCAACUGUUUUGUAUGCAGACAUACCGCCAUUUUCCAUACCGUGUCAGCUCUAUAAAACUGUACCAGAUAUAACCUAUUGCAGUGAAGAAGAUCAUUUGGAGAAAAACUGUGAAAUCAGUCAUGAGGUGUACAUUACCAUUGAUCAGCGAGACAGUCCCAACAUUGAAACUCUAGACCAAGCCUUGAGUCGAUGUAAUCAGAACUUGGAGUCCAUCCCUUUCCUAACUGAUUUUCGGAAAGACAUGCCUUGCCUUGCAAAGUACAGUGAUGGCUUCUGGUAUCGGGCAAAGCUCAUCUCAAUUCAGGAAUGCAAUCCUCUUUUGAUUAUGGUGGAAUUUGUUGACUAUGGAUCCAGCGAAACAGUGCCCACAAGCAGGUUACGUCAGCUUCCUCCUGAGUUCAUGCAGUAUCCUGCUCAAGCGUUCAAAGUUCUGCUGGCUGGAUUUAAACCAGCUUUGUGUGAGUCACACACAAAAAUUCCUUCUUGUUCCGAAUGGAGCAUGGAAGCAUUGUGGAUCAUGAUGGACUGUUUCCAAGAGGGAAAUCUCUAUGCUUCUUCACUGGCAUCACCUUUUCAGGCAUCACUUUCUACUCUGAAGACUCUGCUAUGGACGUACAAGAGCUUUGCUCCUGAAAUGGUAACAGUAACUUUGCCUAAAAAACCCAAGGUGCCAUUUAAGACUUUUUUACACCCGUGGAAAACAGCAAUUGACAACAUAAAACUGCGAGUUCAUGGAACACCAUCUGCAUCCCAGCUAACUUUAAAAUCCAUGGAGUAUUCCCAAUCUCAGAAGAGGGUUUGUUGCUGGGGAUAGUUUGAAUGCAGUUAUUGGGCUACAACUGUGCAUGCUAAUUUUAUUUACUUUAGUGACAACUAGUUAGUGUCAGUGAUGGCAUGAGAAUCUCUGCCCACUCACAGAUAUGGAAAGGGUUUCCUGAUGAUAGUAAGUGUUGAAUAACUUUAGUACAUUUUCAUAUUUGAAAAGGUUUAGAGUAGCUUACAUGACGCUUUCAGUAGACUCAUGUUCUGAUUAUUAUUGGAUUCACACUUGCUAUAGCAACAGAUGCUCUCUGGUCAUUUAUUUUUUCAAUUACAUUAGAAAUGGAAUGCAAUAUGUAAAGCUCACAAAUUUAUUAUUAUAAUUCUGAUCAGGAAGAGGCAGACUUUAAGGAGAAGUGUAGAUCUUUUAUUGAAUAUUUAAAGCUCACCAAUCUUGAAAUAUUCUUUGGUUUUCCUCCACCUGAACAUUACAAUUACAUAGAAUUGUAAAGAAAAUUAAUCACUGAAGGCACAACUUUAGAAAAGAUUUGGAAGAUAAUAUGAUAGCUGAAAUUGGGAUUAGGGUUGACAGAGGCAUAAUCUAGAAAUGUAGCCGUGAGCCGUUUAAUUUUGGCAUUUUGUUUUCUCCAUAGGAAAGGAAUACAAAGUUGAUUCCGCCUGUAUGCAGUGCAGAAAGCUUAGCUGAGAGUGAAAAGGAUAAAUUCUUUCCAUUGGAACAGCUGCAGACCUUCCCACAGCUUCUGCAGAACAUUCAAUAUUUAAAGCCUCCAGCCCAAAUAGGCUCGGUGAUAGGCAAUCCUCUGUUGCUCCACUGCUUCAGUCUCAAAGAUAAAUCCAUCUCUAGGAGGAUGCAUUACUGGAUGGCUCAUACAUUAAAAGAAGGAUGCCCUUGGUACAAGAGGAUGAACCAGGAUGGUGAAUUGAACUUCAAGGUCUUCUUAGAGGAAGUCUUCAAAG